CAGACACAGGAAAUGGCUCGUCGGGCCAGAGCGUUCGGCAUGAAGAUCCAGUACCACAACCGCUCCCGUCUUCCACCCGAGCUGGAAGGCGACGCGACGUAUGUGUCCUUUGACGAGCUGCUGGCCAGCUCCGACGUUCUCAGCCUGAACCUCGCCUUGAACGAGUCCACGCGACACAUCAUCGGCGCGCCUGAGUUCGAGAAGAUGAAGGACGGAAUCGUCAUUGUGAACACGGCCCGGGGCGCUCUGAUUGACGAGAAGGCGCUCGUCGCAGCGCUCGAAUCUGGAAAGGUAAGCCCCAGUUGUCCUCAUGAUCAAUAA